AAAAACGAAGGCUCCUUCAGUGCGCCGCUUUUCUUUUCCGCUUUGCACUCAGUGAUGUCGCCUGUUUUUGUGGCCCGCCUGUAAAGCGCGAGACAGGCACAACAACCGAGGGCGUCUUCCUUUUUUUUUUUUAAUUAUACAUUAUUUGGUUCCUUUUUAAAAAAAAAAAAAAUUCUGUUGUCCCCACCUUGUACCCUUAUCUCCCCUUUACUCCUAGCCCUUUCUCCUUCUUUUGUUCCAUGCUGAAAGGAAUUGUGUGUUGUUUGAUUUAAUAAAUAUUUCAGUUCCUUCUCAUUUUCUAUCGUUUUGCGUUUUAUGUUGACCAAAAAAACAGAUCAUUUGACUUAUUUCCAUUGCAAGAUCUAAGGAGUUGAAUUAAAAAGAACGACGCCAUCUCCAAGCUAACAUGGCAGUCAGACUGUGCGAUGUGGCUUCUCUGCUUAGAAGUGGUUCGUGGGCGCCUGAGCCUUGGACUGGGCAGGUAAUUGCCGCCAUGGAAUCGCAACUGUCCAACGGGCCGUCGUGCAACAACACAAGCAAUGGCCCAUCGACCAUGUCCAUCAACUGCUCCUCGCCUGUUGAAUCGAGCAGCAUGGAGGAGAGUAAAACUAACUUGAUAGUCAACUACUUGCCUCAGAACAUGACCCAGGAGGAGCUCAAGAGCUUGUUUGCCAGCAUCGGCGAGAUCGAGUCCUGUAAGCUGGUCCGGGACAAAAUAGCAGGGCAAAGCCUAGGUUAUGGCUUCGUCAACUACGUAGACCCCAAGGACGCAGAGAAAGCCAUCAACACCUUAAACGGCUUGAGACUUCAAACAAAAACCAUUAAGGUUUCCUACGCGCGUCCAAGCUCUGCUUCCAUCCGUGAUGCAAAUUUGUAUGUCAGCGGCUUGCCAAAGACCAUGACUCAAAAAGAACUGGAACAGCUUUUUGCUCAGUAUGGCCGCAUCAUAACCUCACGCAUCCUCGUGGACCAGGUGACCGGGCUUUCUAGAGGGGUUGGUUUUAUCCGCUUUGACCGGCGAGUGGAGGCGGAGGAAGCUAUCAAGGGCCUUAACUGCCAGAAGCCGCCUGGCGCCACUGAGCCUAUCACAGUGAAGUUCGCCAACAACCCCAGCCAGAAGACUAGCCAGGCGCUGCUCUCCCAGCUGUACCAGUCACCCAAUCGAAGGUACCCAGGACCACUCGCACAGCAGGCACGCUUCAGGCUGGACAAUCUGCUUAACAUGGCUUAUGGCGUUAAAAGCAGGUUCUCCCCCAUGGCCAUCGAUGGGGUGACCAGCCUGGCAGGCAUAAACCUCCCGGGCCACCCUGGCAGCGGCUGGUGCAUCUUCGUCUACAACCUGGCGCCGGAUGCCGAUGAGAGCAUCUUGUGGCAAAUGUUUGGGCCGUUUGGCGCUGUCACCAACGUCAAGGUCAUACGUGACUUCAACACAAACAAGUGCAAGGGAUUCGGCUUUGUUACUAUGACAAACUACGAUGAGGCGGCCGUAGCCAUCGCCAGCUUGAAUGGGUAUCGCCUCGGGGACCGCAUGCUACAGGUGUCGUUCAAAACCAACAAAACACAUAAAGCUUGAAAAAAAAAAAAACGUUAAUUUU